AUGGCUAAUCCCAGUGAUAAGUUGCCACCAUUGCACUUAGAAGGGCAGUGGUUGUUAGGUGAGGCGUUCAGCGUGCCAGAGGACCAAGACGACCAUGAGGCUUGGAUUGAAGCGUAUGUGAACCUAGCCCUUGCACUGGCUACCCAGCCGCCAACGGAAGCGGAGAGAGCCGAAGCUAGGCGAGAGUGUGAGGUCACGGAUCAUCAUGAGAGGGAAAGCGGGACUGUGUGGACGAAGUUCAACCAUUCUGGAGCGUCCGGGCUGAGGCGACCGCGCGAGUUACUCAAGCAAGUCCGCUGCCCGGCUGUCGUUGUGCACGCCGCAAAGGACCAGGUGUUCCCCAUGGAGCAUGGGGAAGCUUUGAGAGACGAUAUCGAAAGAGCAAUGCUCGUCGUCCUUAAGGACUGUGGUCACGAACUUCCACAUCGCGUUCGAUCGCGCGUAGUAGAUGCAAUUCUGACAAACGCGAAAAAAGGGGCAGCUAGCAGGUGCUGUUAA